GCAGACACUGAUUGGAAAGCUGGAGUCCCACCUACAGGCCAUGAACGUUUCCUUUGACGUGGAUCAAAUUCUUACUCUUGACCUCCCUCUCAGCGACUUACCUGUCAUUAAAGCUUCAAGUCUAAAUCUAGGUCUUAAGGGGGAGUUCUUCGGUAUCAGAACUCACAAGGACCCUCCCUUUGAGGCCAAACCUUUCACAGUACCUGAACAGCCAGGCUACAUGUUGUCAGUGGGCCUGUCUGAAUUCACUCUGAACUCUGCCUUAUAUGGAUGCUACUCAGACGGACUGCUUCAGGCCAUCAUUAAUGAUAGCAUGGUACCCCCAUUCUCUCCUGUGCAUCUAAAUACCAGCUCAAUGGGGAUCUUCAUUCCUCAGCUUCCCAAGAUGUUUCCAGGUCUGCUGAUGACUCUGCAGGUUUAUGCCAAAAAGGAGCCUCUAUUUUCCCUCCAACCUGAUGCUGUGAAACUGGGCGUCCAGGGUGCUGUGAAGGCUUUCGCCAUCCAGCCCAAUAGUACCCUGACCCCACUGUUCACCCUCAAUGUU